AUGUGGUAUAUGCUACUUUUCGUAUUACUUGGAUCAACUUCAUUGAUUUUUGGAGAAACUACAACGAACAUCGAGCGUAUAGAAGAACGUUUAGAACAAUCCGGUAACCAAUUACCAAUCAAAGGAUUUUUCGAACCACCAGAAGCUGAUAGUUAUUUAAAUAAUUAUUACGUACAGGAUGCACCACAUAAAUUAAUAUUAACAAAAGAAAUAACAAAAUUUAUUCAUGAAUGGACUCCGCGUCUUUUAGCAUUAGAUCCAACCGGCCCAUAUUAUUUUUCAAAACUUUCAGAUUCGUCAGUACCUGAAAAAGAUCUAAAUCUUCUUUCAUAUCUAUUAGCUAUUGAAUCAAAUCGAACACUUGAUUUUCCAUUUAUUAAUGUUGUUCCACAAACCCAUCGUAAUGCUAUUCCACUCCUAUCGAUUUUUCGUUGCAGUGAACAUGUUUAUCCAACAUCAGAUCCAUUUUUUCAUAAUCUUGAACUUAUGAUUGGUCCCGGUAAAACUGAAUUACCAGUACAACAAUAUUCAAAAACAUAUUCACAAUUAUAUUGUUCUCUUUAUGGUUAUCCACAUUUUAUUCUUAUGAAUCAAGCAAAACAAUCAAAACUAACAUAUAAUACCGAAACAUUACUUUCUCAAGAUAAACUACCCGAAAUCGAUUAUUAUUCAACAGAUUUAACACCUGGCAUGUGUAUAUUUGUUCCACCUGAAUUCGCAACAGGUAUUCAAUUUAACAAUAGUCUUUCAUUAGUUUUUACAUUGAAAAAAAUUGAAAAACCAAGUUCAGAUGAUGAAAGAUUACCAUGUAAUAUUACUGGUGAAACAACACUUGAUAAGAUUGAUUUUGCUAUAAAUGAUGAAUUCAAUAUGACUGAAAUUGCUUUAAUGGUAUAUUUUUAUCAAUAUCUUAAUCCUCCAAUGUUUGAUUUACACUAUACUUCGGAAACAUUUUUUAAUAAAAUUCAAAAUGAUAGAAAUGUAUCUCAAUUAAUUAUGCAAUGGACACCAGAAUUAAUUGAUCUCAUGAAGAUUACACUUUUUAAACAACUUGAUAUGAAUAAUGAUGAUAAAUUUAGUAUUGAUGAUUAUUUUGAAGUGAGACAAGCAAAUUUACUUCAAAUACAUAGUUCAAUUUAUGAUAUACUUGAAAAAAUACGUGGAUACGCUGUAGCACAAUUUAAUGAAUUGAAUGAUAAGAUAUCGAAAUUUAGCGAACAAUUUAAAAGCAUGGAAUUUGAAGGUAAUGCUCAAGAAGCUUUGGAAUCAUUGUUAGCAAAUUUACCUGAUCAGGUGAAAGAACGAUUAGGUGAAAGUGUUGAUCUUGAACAAGUUUUAUCUAAUGUUAAAGAUAAAAGACCAAAAAGACCAUCAAGAAAUAAACAACGUGCUAGAGAAGAUGAUAGUUCGAUACUUUUUGAUAAACAAGAUGAUGAUGAAAUCAUAUCAAAUUUUGAACAAGAAGAAGAAGAAGAAAUUACAGCAGAACCAUUUAUAGAUGAAAAUGAACUUCAUCGAACUGAUUUAUAA